AGGAGGGCCCUGGCCGAGGGGGGCGGGGUACGAGGCCGAGGCAGAUGGAGAGACGGGUGUCAGGGUUCAGGUGACACAAGCGGCCGCCGCCGGGCACGUAACUUGCGCAUUGUUCCGGGCGUAAGUGAGGUUGGUGCAUUGUGCGUUCCGCAGAAGAGCGCGGCGGCGGCGGCGCUGCUGCUGCUGCUGAGGGGAGAAGAAAACCGCCGCCGUCGCCAUGGAAGGGAAGCCGGCCGAGCAGCCGCUGUGCGACAGCCUCAUUCUCUGGUUACAGACAUUUAAUACUGCUGAAUCCUGCAAAGAUGUUCAGGACUUAACUAAUGGUGUUGCCAUGGCACAAGUACUUCAUGAAAUUGAUGCUGCUUGGUUUGACAAAGUUUGGCUAAGCCGUAUUAAAGAAGAUGUUGGUGACAACUGGAGAAUAAAGGCCAGCAAUUUGAAGAAGGUUCUUCAAGGAAUUACAGAUUAUUAUCAUGAGUUUUUAGGUCAGCAGAUUUCAGAAGAUCUCCUUCCUGAUUUAAGCCAGAUAUCUGAACAUUCUGAUCCAGUAGAGCUGGGCAGGUUACUGCAGCUUAUUUUAGGUUGUGCGGUCAACUGCGAAAAGAAACAAGAGCAUAUACAAGUUAUAAUGACACUAGAGGAGUCUGUCCAACAUGUUGUUAUGGCUGCUAUUCAAGAGUUGAUGAGCAAAGAAAUAGUGGGCUUUGUAAGUGAGUUGCCUGGCGAUCUGGAGCAACAGCUGAAAAGAACAUUGGAAGAACUCAAUGAAGUACUAGCAGAAAAAGAAGAGCUGAAACAGAGAUGCCAAGAACUAGACCUACAGGUGGCUGCCCUUCAAGAAGAAAAGAGCAGUUUGAUGUCUGAAAAUGAGAUUAUGAAUGACAGAUUGGACCAGCUGGAUGGUUCUCUUGAUGAUACAAAUACUGCAGUUGCAAAGAAGUAUUUCACUGCACAAAUGCAACUAGAGCAACUACAGGAAGAAAAUUUCAGGCUUGAAACUGCAAAAGAUGAUUAUCGUGUUCAUUGUGAAGAACUUGAGAAACAACUGGUUGAGCUUCAACAUCGGAAUGAUGAACUGACCUCUCUGGCAGAAGAAUCAAGAGCUCUAAAAGAUGAGAUUGAUGUUCUUAGGACGCUUGCUGACAAGACGAACAAGCUGGAGUCAACUGUUGAGGUUUACCGCAAAAAACUGGAGGACCUGAAUGACUUCCGCAGACAGGUGAAAUCACUUCAGGAAACAAAUAUGAUGUAUAUGCACAAUACCGUUAGCCUAGAGGAAGAGCUGAAGAAAGCCAACGCAGCCCGUGCCCAGCUAGAAACUUACAAAAGGCAGGUCCAAGAACUUCAUAACAAACUUUCUGAUGAAUCCAAAAGAGCUGAUACACUAGCAUUUGAACAGAAGCGACUGGAAGAGAAGCAUGAAGCAUUAAUUAAAGAGAAAGAGAGAUUGAUAGUUCAGCGUGAUGCACUGAAAGAGACAAAUGAAGAGCUCAGGUGUUCACAGGUGCAGCAGGAUCACCUGAACCAAACAGAUGCAUCCGCUGUGAAAAGUUACGAAAAUCUUGCUGCUGAAAUUCUGCCUGUGGAAUAUAGAGAAAUGUUCAUCCGGCUGCAGCAUGAAAACAAGAUGCUCCACUUGCAACAAGAGGGCUCAGAAAAUGAACAAAUUGUGGCGCUUCAAGAGAAGCUAGAACAAAAGCAUCGAACAAUAAAUGAAUUAGAGACUGAAAACAGGCUGAGCAAGGAGCGGGUUGGAGAGCUGCAGCAGCAGAUUGAGGACCUCCAGAAGACCUUGCAGGAACAAGAAUCCAAGACAGAAGCAGAAGGGUCCAACAAGCUGAAGCAGAAGAUAGCAGCACAUAUGGAAAAAUUGAGCGAAGUCCAUGAUGAAUUACAGAAGAAGGAGGCGCUUCUUGCAGACCUGCAGCCAGAUCUAAAUCAAAAUGCACAAAAAAUUGAAGAACUAGAAGCAGCUUUGCAUAAGAAAGAUGAAGAUAUGAAAUCGAUGGAGGAGAGGUAUAAAAUGUACCUGGAAAAAGCAAGAAGUGUGAUAAAAACGUUGGACCCCAAAUUAAAUCCUGCAUCUGCUGAAAUCAUGUUGCUGAGGAAACAGCUGACAGAGAAAGAUAAAAGAAUUGAAGCACUUGAGGGAGAAUGUAAAUUGGCCAGGCUACAUGAUCAUGAAGAAAAGUUAAUUGUGUCUGCAUGGUACAACAAGAGUUUAGCGUUUCAUAAACUGGGCAUGGAAUCUAGACUCCUAAGUGGGAAUGCUGCCUACAAAGACGCUGGUCCCUGCACACCCGGGCGCUCUUUCCUUGCACAGCAACGGCACGUGACCAAUACCCGAAGGAAUCUUUCUGUUAAAGUACCACCUGCAACAUCAGAUUAAACCACAGAGGAUAUUCGUGCACUAAAGUGUCCUUAACUUAUUUUGUAACUUUUGUUUUAAGCUACCUGACGAAGAGCGUGAUUGUGAUGCUGGGCAUCAGCUAUUUUACAUCUGAGACCCAUAAGGCUGGUAAAUUUGAUUUGGCCAGCGAUGACUAUAAGAAGCAACAUACAGUGGUGCCUCGACUUACGAAUUUAAUCUGUUCCAAAGGCACCUUCGUAAGUUGAAAAAUUCGUAAGUCGAAAAACACCAUUGGAAACGUGAUUUCCCAUAGGAACGCAUUGAAAACGGAAAAAAUUGUAAGUUGAAGCAUCCCUAUCUAAAACCGCUGCGGGUUUCUUUCGGAUGUCGAGACAUUCGUAAGCGCGCGGCUAUUACCCCCAUUCGUAAGUCAAAAAAUUCGGUUGUCGAGUCGUUCGUAAGUCGAAGCACCACUGUAUGUCAAAUUACUUUUCUUGAUUUUAAACAGAUCUGAGGUAUGUGUUGAUAAGCACAGCUCAAAAUGAGUUUUAUUUGUCUUCAUAAUGUAUAUAUAAAUACCAAAAUUGCCAUCCUAUUUAAAAUUCUAUUUAAUGUUUUAGUCUAGGAUGUGUACUGAUUUUAGUGGGAGUACAUUUUUAUGACUGUCAUCUGCACAAAGAAAAGUAAUCCCCCCCCAGGCCUUCUGCUACUUUACAAAAAUAAAAAGGACCAAAUUAGAAAAUCUGUAAUUAUUUUUCAGCAUUCAUGGCAUGAGGGAUUUUUGACUGCAAGCAAAUUGUAACCAAAAUGAUUCACUAAUUUCAGGAUUGUCCACCUAAUGCUGCAGUUCUGCUGAAGUCCAUUCAAGCUUUAUUGAACUCCCAAUCAGUUUUGUAAUAACUACUGGGGGUGCAAUGCAAACGCCCCUUUUGUGGGGGGGGGUUGGAACGGAGAGCUAGGAGUGUCAUCAGUGGGGUCACUGGCUAAUAGAAAACCCCGAAAAAGAGUGUUGUGGGGAGGAGCUGAGCUAGCUGGCCUGGAAGGAACUGGAAUCAAAUCCAGUUUCACUGCCUUGAUGUGACAUCAUUGGGCCUGGUGAGGACUCAAUCACUUCACCAGCCCCAAGCUGAGAGAGCUCUGCCUGCUGGGCUAUAGAUGUAACAAUGGGACUGCUACUCCAUUAGGUUCUGCUGCCCCCUGCCCAGGGUUUGGACUGCAGCCUUAAAUUGCCAUUUUAUGUAAUGAAAAGGAUUCAGGAAAGCCAAAAUGUCAAUGUAUUUGCACUCAACUAGCGAUGUCUUUACUUUAAAAAACUUACGUAAAAUUACAGCCUUUUUAAAGAUUGCAAAAUUAACCUUGACUCAAGUCUCCGUAGUAGGUCUUGAGCCCAGACUACUGAGUGGUGUGUGUUUUUGUCUCUGCUGUGUAAUGUCCUGUUCAUACAGGGAUGCAGUGUGUUCAGCUGUGGCGCAGUGAGAGGAAGGCUCUGGUCCUAUGCUGCUCUUGAGGAUUGGCUGCAGAUGCCCCCUGUGUCCCCUUGUGUGCCUAGCCCUUCACUGUGGUAUGGCUAGGUACUGGGUUGAGCUCCAAGGGGGUAACUUGAUGACAUUAGGUAGACAUCAUUUGUUGCUGUAUCUUUUGCAGAAAAAGAGCUUUUGAAGUCUAUUCCAGAGAACGGUGAGUCGCUGGAGUAAGUUACCUAGUAAGAAGCUGCUAGGGUUGCUUUUAAAGCCUUCCAAAAUGCUAUGUUACCAGGCCAGAGAACAAAAGCAGUAGGGAAGAUCAUCACAGUUGUUUGUGUGUGCUGUUUACUUUUUGCACCUGAUGAAGUAGACCAUUGCACUUUGUGCUGCAGUUAGCCAUUUUAUAAUUUAAAAAAUUGAGGCACAUUAUUCUUUAGCAGUAAUUCUUUAGCAAACACAAAGAGCAGACUUGAGUGCAUGUUCACAGGGUGGAAUGCAUAGUUAUUUUUUAAGGUGGACUCUGUGUUUAAAAAGUUACUUGCACAUGGGCCAGAUUUAUGUUUAUUAAAUGCAAUGCAGCCUUGAACAUUACUGCAAAUAAAAUGAGGUCUUUAAUCUGAGUUGCAGGAUUUUUUGGGUGGGGCGAGGACUAACAUAAUCAGUAACUGCAGCUUAGACUUCAAUUUUUUUAGCAUUUUAUUAAAACUGGCCUAAAAUAUCUGACAAUGUGACUACAGUAUUACAUGCUUGUGUGUAGAAACUGAUACUACAAAUGUCUAAUAAUUCUGUCUUUUAAUGACGUGCUUACUUAAUACCAGCACUGUAAAUUUAUAGUGUGCUACUGUCUGAGCCUUCAGUCUUUCAAGAUUUCAUGUCUGUUGACUACCUCUUUGGUAUUAAGAUCUUACUGUUCUGUUCAACCUGCUGACUUGUGUUUUUGGUAGCUUUUUCCCUGGUCUGAAUUUGUAUGGAGAAAUGGUGAAUACAGAUUUUGUAGCAUGAUGCUUAAUGUUUUGAUACUAUACUAUACUCUUGUAAUCAAAUAUGGUCGCAGAGAGUAGUCUCCACAGAUAACAAUUCACAAACAUAGGAUACUAUUCUUCAGUGGCUUUAAUUUAUCGUGUGUUCUGUAUUACAACUACUGCUAGUACAGGAAAGUCAGCAUCAAGGCCCCAAUCCAGCUCAAGUUAGUAACAACUAAAGCUGCAGUCCAAGCGCCAUAGUUUAGAUUGUGCUGUACAUUCUGUUGUAAGCAGAGAAUAUUAUUUUUUUAAAAAAAAGCCAGGACUGACUAAUUUCUAUGGGACUUGGUGUCAGCUAACUUGAGCGGCUGAGUUGGAUGCUAGCUGAUGCAACUCUACUGCAUAUGUGUCUUGGUACUCUCUGCCUCCAUGUCAAAGAGCCAGAAAAAUAUGGCUGUACUUUAUCUUGCAUUACUUUUCUGUGGUAGUUUGGCAUUGCUCUAUGGAAGAGAAUGAUGGUGGUAACAUUAUUUUUAAUUACAAAUUCCAUGGGUUGAAGCCAGUCAUGUCCCCUGGCUGAUGGAAGGGCCUUUGAUCUUGUGAAGGCUCCCAUGAGUACAUGGGAGCAGAAGUUUGUUUCCACAUAUUCCUCCUUCAGCCCCCUUAGCCACUUUCAGGUACUAGUCCAAAGGACCUCCCAAUCCUCUGGAAGGGUUGCAGAAGAAAGAGGGGGAUCUCGAUAAGUCUCAUCCACCCUCACUUUCUGCUCACAAUCUACUGGAUUAAAAAGAGUGUUCUGUCAGCAGAGGGCCACAUCCCAUGUAAGUUCGAGCUCUUUAACAAACUAAGAGACAAAGUAGAUAUGUCAGUGAAUUCAGUUAGACAUCUAUGGAAGAACUCGAUGGGUUUUUUGGCAGAGAAGCAAGCAUAUUUACUGCCAUGUGUUUUUUUUUAGUCCCAACUUGUUUAAGAAAAUGUUACCACUUACCAUUUUGUAGCCAUCUUUCACAAUGCUGAACUUCACAAGGAUUAAUCUAGAAGGUGAGAGAGAGAUUUUUCAGCCAUCCCGGUAGAAUUGUUGCUAAAUUGUGCCCAUUGCCACCUAUGUGACCAGACCAUUCACAGGCUAUAUACACAGCUCCUAGGCUUGGCUGUUUGGCCAGAGGAAAUGUGCAUAUUUCAUGCUACUGGAUUGCACUGAGUGUCCAUGGAGGCAUAGCAGCUCAAUCAUUGCACAGGUAAACUUGUGAAUCUGCAGCCAUAGCAAUUUUAUGUAGAAAUUGUGUGCAACUAAAUUUGUGGUGGACUACUUGGUGUUUAGUUUCUAAACUUAAACUACCUCCUUUGAGUAAUAAAAUUCAGAUAUUUGAUCACCAGCAAUUGAAUUCAGAAUUUUAACUCUCCUGGUUUUAUUUAACUAUGAAUUGAGUUAGUCUCUCUUGUGUUUUGCUUGCAGGGCAAUACUUUACAUGUCUACUCAGAAGUAAGCCCCACUGAGUUCAAUGGUACUUACUCUCAUAAGUAUGUAUAGGAUUGCAGCCUUAGUGUGGAAUAUUUCUUUGAUUUGAACAUAAUGCAAAGGAGUUACUUAUCUAUGUUAAGUCCUUAAAAUGUGCUGUGCUUAGAUGGGAUGAAAAUGUUGAUGCAUACACACUAUGAAAAAGCAGUCUCUCUAAUAAACUAAUAUUUAUUGAUGUCAGAUGCAGACUUACUUGAGCUGAUGGAGACUUGCAAUCACCCUUCAUCUGUAACUCUUCAUUAAUUAAAAAUGUAGCAUAGAAACUGGUUCACCAAGUGUUGGUCCCGCAAAACCUUGCAGUCAUAUUUUAAUCAGGUUUGGGUUGCAAUUACUGCUUAGUAAGUUGUACAGUGUUUGGCAAUCAUUGACAAAACAUAUCACUACUCCAACACAGGGACGCGGGUGGCGCUGUGGGUUAAACCACAGAGCCUAGGGCUUGCCGAUCAGGAGGUUGGCGGUUUGAAUCCCCGCCACGGGGUGAGCUCCCGUUGCUCGGUCCCUGCUCCUGCCAACCUAGCAGUUCGAAAGCACGUCAAAGUGCAAGUAGAUAAAUAGGUACCUCUACAGCGGGAAGGUAAAGGGCGUCUCCGUGUGCUGUUCUGGUUCGCCAGAAGCAGCUUUGUCAUGCUGGCCACAUGACCUGGAAGCUGUACGCCGGCUCCCUCGGCCAAUAGAGCGAGAUGAGCGCCGCAACCCCAGAGUUGGUCACGACUGAACCUAAUGGUCAGGGGUCCCUUUACCUUUACUCCAACACAAUCUCCAUUCCUUUCAGUGGGGAUUGUGUAAAAACCUCAAGUGGUGCUUAAACACUUUUUCCCCUGUAUUGAUUGCAUGGUUAUUUUCAUUAGAGUAAAAGCACUUUGUUUGUAUAACAAUUUAUGAAUCGACACUAUGGCUAAUUAUGGGAUAUGUGAUUUCACCAACUUUUAAAAAUCAUGCAUACAUUUAGACAAGUUUCUGUAAGAGCGCGACCAGACUAAAACAUGCAGUAGAAUUAAUAGUUUUAGUUCAAUACUGCUUUUACUUUAUAUUAAUAAAAAGUGUUCUUUUCUACAAUAACCAUUUGCUUGGAUUCACAUAAUUGUAAGCAAUACCAAUGUUUUUUCUUCAGUAAGGAUAUAUAGACCUUUCUUCGGGUUUUCUGUUAGACUUGCUGGGGUCUAAUCUAUUUAACGUGUACAAGUCUGAUCCUGUGCAAAGCAAAUGGGCUGUAUAGAAAUAGAGGAAGAAAUUGCACUAAUUUGUAAACAUGGUUUUACUCUUGAUUCAAGAUAUAUUCUUUUAUAUUCACAUUAAAACCUUUUGACAUUAA